AUGUUCAUGCAUGACGGAUGGGUCUCGGAUGCCCCAUUCACGCUCAACGGAACGAACAUAUCCGAAUGUACCAGCUACGUUUAUCUGGGUCGGGAACUGAACAUGAUGAACGACCUGACCUCCGAGCUGGGCAGGAGGAGACGAGCGGCUUGGGGAGCGUACAAGAGCAUCGAAGAUGUAAUGAAAAAGACUAGGAACACUCGGCUUCGUGCUCACCUCUUCAACACUACCGUACUUCUUGGUUUGACCUAUGCUUCGGAAAUCUGGGCAUUUCGUAAGCAGGAACAAACGCGGCGAGAGUCACUGAACGCGCAAUUGAGAAAGUGA